AGCCCUGGACUUCUGGGUGCUUGUCAAAGGGGAUGCUGGGGGCCUUGGCUCCUUGGCCGUGGGCUGGGGAGUCAGGACCCCUGGGUCCUGGGAAAGGAGGGGGCUGGAAGCCCGGCUUCCCUGGUGUCAAGUGAGAAAAGGGCUCAAAUUUUUUCCUCUUCCCCACGUCUCCUUAUUCAGAUGUCAGGUCUCACUUACUCAUUCAUCGUGAAAAAUAAUUAAUUUGGGCAGGGAGAUACUUGGCCUGGGUGCUGUGGUGUAGCUGUGACUUCCCAGCCAGCAAGCUGACUGGGCUUCCCGUGGGAGGUGCAUUCCCAGUUUCCAUCGCAGUCGCCUUCUGGAUCACGUCGAGCAUAUUUCAACCCUAGUCCUCCUCCUCCUGUGCUCACCCCUCCUGGUUUCCCUCACUGGUUCUUCCUCUUCUCCCAGUCGGGAGGGGGCCUCUCUCCUCUGUUUGUACUCACUUCCCUGGUGAUGUCAUCCAAUCUUGUGGCUUUAAAUACUAUCCACAAGCCUUCAACUCCCAAAUUUCCAUCUUCAGCCUAGACCUAUCCCCUGAACUCAUAAGCGCAUCUGUGGUCAGUCAACAUCUCCACAGGGAGGUCUACCAGGCCUUUCCAAGGCAGUGUGCCCAAACCUCAGGACUUUCCUCCCAAACCCGGGCCCCCCACCCCAACUUCCCCAUCUCUGGCAAUGGAUGUUCCAUCUUUCCGGUUGCUCAGGCCAGAAACUUUGCUCAUCCUGGCUCCCACUCUCUCCCCACCCCCGCAGGCACUCCAUCAGCAAAUUGUGCUGACUCUACCUUCAAAAUUAUUUCCAGAAUCCCCCCAGUGCCCCAACCUGGGUCCCCUGUCACCUCCCAUCUGGACAAGCAUAGCAGUUCCCCCGGUCUCUCUGCCUCCUCCUCACCUCCUCCCCAGUUUUUUCUCCAGAGGUAGUCACAGCCCCAUCACCUCCACCACACACACAGGAAGCUGGUGGCCUUGCUGCUUGCAGGGUGACAUCCGCUAUUGCUCCACCUCUGCUCCCCCACUGUUGCUCAGGACUUCUCUGGACCACGGCCCCUUGCCAGGCCCCUCCAACCCCCUGUGCACCAUGGCCCUUCCAGGUCACAUCCUGCUCCUGCUUUUACUCCCAGUGGCUGCGGCUCAGAUGUCCCCAGGUCCCUGUUCCGGAUGUGGGCCUCUCUCCCUGCAGCUCUUGGCGGGCCUCGUGGCUGCCGACGCGGUGAUGUCGCUGCUCAUCGUGGGGGUGGUGUUUGUGUGCGCUCGGCCGCGCCGCAAGCCCACGCAGGAAGGCAAAAUCUACAUCAACAUGCCUGGCAGGGGCUGACCUACCCAAACACCCACGUUUGCCAACUUUGACUUCUGACCCUCUCAUUUUGGAUUGUGUGUGGUAGCACAAGAAAUAUGCACCAUCUCCCUGCUCCUACCCCACCCCACUCUGCCUCCUGCCUCAGUUUUGGAAUAAAGCUAAUGAAAUGUC